GAACAACAAGGAGCUGGACUCUGUUCCCAAGGUGACGGAACCAGGAAAUGGCACCUACCAAAUAAAGCAUUACCUUAACAGUAGUCAGGCAGAUAGGGAGGUGAGAGAAAAAAAGUUUGUCUGGCAUUGCUGUUGCCCGUCGCCGUGUCAGUGAGAAGUAACCACAGAUACAAUAUCAGGAAGACAUCAUGAAGGUGGACGACAAGUUUCAAAUUCUGAAAUUCUUUGCAGCAGUUUUCAACUCUGUUUUCCUGAUUCUGGGGCUCUGUAUCUUUGGAUGUGCGGUAUGGAUCUUGUUUGACAAAGACAAUUUCAUUUCUGUUCUCAGCUCUGGUGAGUUAUACUGGACAGAGAAUUGCCAUUUGUCACAUUUCAGAACUGUAGCUGGGGGACUGUUCAUCAUUGGUCUAGUGGUGGUUGGUGUCACUAUCCUGGGGUGUAUGGGAGCCCAACUGGAGAACAGGUGCUUCCUACUACUGUAUAUGGGCUUCCUGAUCUGCAUCGUCCUUGGUCAGCUGUUUGUCACCUUCAUCAUUUUGUUAAAUCAUGGAAAGAUCACAUCUAAGAUGAAAAUAGAAGUGGAUAAGAUCAUCACUGAAUAUGGAACAAACCCUGACAAUCAACGACAUUGGAAGCUUCUGGAUAAUGUACAGCGCUAUGGGCACUGCUGUGGUAUGCAGAGUCCUAAUGACUGGCAGAGAAACAUGUUCAUUAAGAACAACAGUCUGAUAGAGGUGUAUCCCUGUUCCUGUUUCAACACCACGGACUGUCCUGCCAUCUCAGGAUUCAGCACACUGCUGUUUGGAAAUGGAAAUGAAACACAGAUCCAUCCACAGAGUUGUGUAGACAUAAUCACCAACUGGCUGAAGGAGAACACUUUGACAAUAGUGGGCAUGGAAGUGGGCCUGCUAAUCGUUCAGGUCCUCCAGUUUAUAGUGGCUGUGUAUCUAUACCAGACUGUUGGUCAGAAAGCCAAGCUGAGAAAUGGUAGUCAACUGAUUCGCUCUGAGGAACAUUGUGAACCAAACCCUGACUUCCUUGAUGACCCUGACCAAAACCAUGCCUAUCCUGAACCAAACCAGGCCUACGCACAUACAAACCUUGCCUACCCUGAAGACCAACACCAGGCUGACUUCGGACCAAACCAUUCCUACCACCGCUAACCAGGACCAGAGUGUUGCUGUAUGACUGAAGACACUUUGGGCGCUAACAUUGAAUUGCUCAGUGGAGUUUGGUGGGAGGAGCAAUACGAGGAUGGGCUCAUUGUAAUGACUGGAAAGGAAUGAUUGGAACGGAGUCAAACGUGGUUUCCAUAUGUUUGAUACCAUUCCAUGAAUUCCAUUCCAGCCAUUACAAUGAGCCCGUCCUCCUAUAGCUCCUGCCAUCAGCCGCCACUGGAAUUGCUCAAACUCUAAAUGCUCAGUUCAGUGCUUUCAGCCACACAGGCCUUCUACUAAAGAGGGUUUUCUGCUGACAAUGAGAACAAUCUUAGUUCAUUAGUUUCCAUAGUUUUUUACUGUUUAUGGCUUAAUGACCCGAUCAGCCCUAACUGAUCAGCCGGACCUCACCUUGUGUGAAUAGUUGUGUACGGUACUGGUCAGCCUGAACAGUUACUUGGAAAUGUAGACAUAAAGAAAGGUACCACAAUUUUGAAACUGCAAGCCGACUCCACCAUUGACUAAUACAAACAACUUAUGAACCUCUUUACAUUUCACAAGACUGUUGUUAUGUCUGCAGACGGACAGCGUUAACAUUGCUGCCUUGAAAUAUUUCAUUGAGUUUGAUAGUGCUAUCACUGAGUGAUGCCUGACAUUGGUGAUAAGUGAUUGACUGUCUGUAAAUUACGCAUUAAAAUCUUCAAAAUGGGA